AUGGUCGUAGCUCUAAGUACUAGCACAGGCUAUUUUGGUGCAGGCUAUGAUAAUGUGAUCAAGAAUCGCCUGGAAGAUUUCUAUUGGGAACGACUUGAAUAUCGAAAGUCACCUGAAAAUGACGAGAAAUCAUCACUACCACUGUGUGGGCCACCUCAUAUACCUGAAUAUGGAAAACGAUUGAAUCUCCUUGAUCUUCUUGUGACAAAGAGAGGUUAUAUGGCCUCGGACAGUCGAGACAUCAUCUUUGCGCUCUCUGGUAUUGCUAAAAGGCCAGAAGACGUUGUCAACUAUCUCAUUGAGACGGACAAUAAUUAUGACGUUUUAAGUCAUGCAGAACAAUAUAUCAAUCACGCCUGUCAUAUUCGAUCAUCAGUACCAUCAUGGGUGCCAUCAUGGGUGCCAGACUGGACAACCCGUGCAAAAUACAAACAAAAGAUUGUUGACUGGGUUGAACCUCUAGACAAAUCAGGAAGUGCUAUCUCGAAUAGUGCAUAUCUCAGGGAUCAAGGAGUCCUCGCUUGCGUGGGCGAUAAAAUCGGCACCAUAAGCCUGAUUACUGACUACCCUCGCGAUACUCGGCGCAGAGACGAAGGUAGAAUAGGUCGGAUACUGUGGAAAGAGUGGAAAGAUAAAAAGCUUCCGGAUAGUGUUUUGGAACUUUUCAAUCGUUUACAUCCCUUAAUAUACAAUCGAAGAUAUGCCGAAUCGCUUGAAGGUAUCUGUUGUUUGGUACUAGAAGGGACCCAAACUGGUGAUAUUGUUUUUCAAUUCAUUGGUAGUCCACUACCCUAUAUUCUAAGGCCAAUUGAAUCGACGAAUAUUAAGUCUGGAAAUGGAUGGAGAGCUUGGAAAAUAUUGCAGCAUCUCUCUCGCUGGUGGAAUAACUCGACGGGACCCAGACAAGAACUACCUGCCAAAUGCCUAGAUGCCAAAAUCUCAAUCAUUCUAGAAAAGAAACAAUUAGGAUACCAAACUCUCGAAAUUAGACGUUAUAAUUUUGUAGGAGAAUGUUUUGUGGAUGGAUUGAUGAGCAAUGAAAUUAGCCAAAUUCAUGAACGACAGCAUUCUCAAAAGAAGACCAUAUUCGCAAUGUAUUGA